UACAAGUUUUAAAAAGUGAUUAAAUAACCAGGAAUAAAAUUAAAUAUAAUUUGAAAACUACCUUCUAAAUUUUAAAUAGCCGCGCAAAAAUAUAGUGUAAUAACAAAACGCUAAAUAACCUCGUGCUUGGCUGUCAAUCCUUUCAAAAAGAGUCAACGCUAGUCCCUUGCAGUUAGUCGUUCAUCAUUGCUCACGCUUUGUGCUGCACCUCCGUAGAGGAAACAAUUGAAGAAGAGUCGGCAAACGUGCGCGCCAAACUCUUUCAAAAGCAUAUAGAAAAGUAUCUGCAACUGCAAAAGCAGGAAGCAGACAAAGAAAAACAAGGCACUACAAAAGGCAUUCUUAAUUUGCGCGUAUCCUUGUCAUCACAUCAGGGAUUUCAAUCUACUUCAACUUCCUUAACAAUAUUAACCGAUAAGCAGAGGUAUUUAGUCAAAAGAACGACGGGUAUUAUAACUGGUAAUACGAUUGCUACCAACUCUACAACGGCUUCUUUGUGCUCAUUCAAAAUUUCCGCUACAUCGCCUAAAUCUAAACGCAAGACGUCGAAUAAAGACAAGAAAAUGCCGCGACGCAACAAGAAAGGUGGCAAAGGCCGCAACGGUGACUCCAACUCUGAGGACGAGUCCUUCAACGAUAAUGCCAGCGUGUAUUCUUACGUUUCUGAGAAUGCACCCUCAUCCAUAAACGAUAUGGAUGAGCUUUCAUCCAAUGAACGUUACGAGGAAAAAUUCAUGCAAGCGCUCGAAAAUGCCACUGAAAAGUCUGCACAGACACGCACUACAGCUUUGCAGAAUAUCUGUGAAAUUCUCAUGCAUCGCUAUAUGCCCGAUUUCGUAGACGAUCGCAAGGUGACUUUGAUCGAUUGCAUUGAAAAGUCCAUACGACGUGGCAAAGGUGCCGAACAAUCGGGCGCUGCACGUCUAGCACCGUUAGUGGUGCUACAAUUGGGCGGUGAUGUGGAGAUCUCAAAAGAAUUGAACCAGUGUCUGCUGACCACCGUACAAGACAAGGCUGUCUCAUUCGAUGCCCGUGCCAAAUGCUGCACCGCCUUGGGUCUAUUGAAUUUCCUCGGUGGCGAGGAUAUUGGCGAUCUUAUCACUUUAAUGCAAUUUUUCGAAGGCAUUUUCAGCGCCAGCUAUUUGCGUGGUGAUGAAAAAUCGCCAGUAUCGGUGAAUGCCGAGGCAGGCACAUUACACGCCGAAGCACUGUCCGCUUGGGGCUUACUGCUGACACUCAUACCGUCGGGUGACUUUGUCUCACUCAUGACCAAUGGACAGCCAAUGUUGCCCUCGGUGAAAAAAUUGAUGGGUCUAUUGCAGUCGCCACAUUUGGAUGUGCGCAUAGCAGCUGGUGAGACCUUAGCACUAAUACUCGAGUGCGGUCGCGCACAUGAUAAAGACUUCUUGGAAGAGUAUCUCGGCGAUUUGAUCGAUGCUGUUAAAAAGUUAGCCACUGAUUCACAUAAAUAUCGCGCCAAACGUGAUCGCAAAGCUCAACGCGCUACAUUCCGUGAUGUGCUGCACUAUUUGGAGGAGGAUACAUCACCCGAAAUCAACAUUCGCUUUGGCACUGAGUGCCUGGUUUUGGAUUCCUGGGCCGUACAUCAUCAAUAUUCAGCGCUAUGCACCAUUAUGGGUCCAGGCAUGACAUCACAGUUGCAAGAGAACGAUUUCAUACGCGAGAUCUUUCAACUUGGUCCUAAACUUGUCGAUGAUGGACACGCUAAAACCAAACAAUCCAAACUGGAGCGCCACUUAUUAAACGCCGCCGCCUUCAAGGCACGCACAAUAACGCGUGGCAAAAAUCGCGACAAACGCUGCAGUUAUAAUUAUUAGGCACACAGCUAAUUGUUAGAGUAUAGAAAAAGAGAACGCUUAAACUAAGUUAAAAAAGAAAGAAAAACGAAACAUAUUUUGGAGAACACAUACAACUGGCGGCGCGCCGUGUAGCGACCAGAAGUUUGGUUCAACUGUGGCGCAUGCGUAGGAUGACACAUGAAUGUGCAGUUUGCUGACCAAUUAGUUGCUGCUCCCAACAUGCAGCAGGCGUAAAACGUAUGCGCUAAAGCGUCGGCAGCUAGAAAACUUGCAUUUUUCUAACUUGCUGUUGCUUAACGUAUUGUAUUUAACGCUAUUGCGUGCUCUAGCAGCGCUCAUUCCUCAGUUGGUGUACGCAUGCGCGUCACUUUUUGCGCCAUUUGAAUUUCAUUGACGGUCAAACUGACGGACGCUUUGCUGAAUUUUCGUGUACAUUUCAUUUGCGCUCAAUUUUUACCUCCCCCCAGACCCCCUAUGGAUUUAUUGCAACGAAUUCGUGUACACAAGAUUUAUGCAAAUCUUACAAUUAACUUAAAUUUAUGUAGCAAUUUUAUGAUAUGAAACUGUAUU